GGUCUGUCUAGUCUAGUCAAAAAUAGACCUAGCAGCUCCCCGUGAAAAAUAUAUCCCUCACUCGGUACCUGAAUUCAGAGCUUCGGUAGUCGCAGUGAUUAGUCAAUAUCUUUUUUUUUAAACAUGAAUUCCGCCUUUGCAGACUGCUGUCUUCAUGUUUGCACGGAGAGCGAUUUCCCACAACGGAAGCAACAACAAGUGAGCUAGCUAGCUGGUUCGCCGCUAACGCUGGUCGGUGAUAGAUUAGCAUAACAUCAGGCUCCCAGACAGGUGAACACUGCGAACUGAAGCGGCUUAAAACGGAGCCGCUCGACAGCUAGCUACUUUAGCGGUAGUUUUUCGUGGUGAAAAAAGACACCAGUCUCGAUUGCAUAAGCUAAUACUAGAGUGAUUUUUUUUUUUUUUUUUAAAAAGCCAUGACCAUGGCCUGCAGUUCCCUAAGCACGGAUGAGGCAUCUCCAGCGGCUCUGACAGACCUGUGCCUGACCUAUGUGAGCCAGAAUCUGGAGUUUUUCUGUGUGAAGCGCCCUGACGGCUCCCUGUGCUUCAGAGAGGCUGUUCUCUUCCCACAGGAGCUAGCAGACCAGCUGCUGGCCAAGAUGGCCACAGAAGGUCUGCUGAAUGACAGCACAGUGGGUGUAUUUCGGAACUGCGAAUACCUGCGUCUGAGACGAGCCUGCAUCCGUACGGCGCGUAUCUCUGCAGAAGCCUUCCAGAAAGCUCUGUGCCCUCACAGACUGUUGGAGCUGGAUGCUGCCAGGGUCAAUGCAGACCUCACUAUUCAUGAUAUUCUACAGGGACUGGCCACCAAUAAAUACUGUCAGGAGUCCCUCCAGCGACUUGGUUUAACAGGUCUCACCAUGUCCUCUUUGGAGGAACCGAUCCGGUAUCGCUUCAGCUCCCUCCAGGGCCUUCGCUCUCUCUCUCUAGCCAAUGUAGACUUCUAUGACUCUGGGCUAGUUGACGUGUGUUCCCUGCCUCGACUUGAGAGCCUUGAUCUCUCCAACACCUCAAUCACCAACCUCAGUCCGCUGCUAGGCCUGAAGGAGCGGCUGCGCUCGCUAACACUGCACCAGCUGAAGAGGCUGGAGAUGAGUACUGCCCAGCUGCUGGGAGUCAUACACCAGCUGGAUGUAUUGCAGCACCUGGACAUCAGUGAUGAUAAACAGUUUACCUCUGAUGUAGCUCGUCAGCUGCUUGGACAGCCAGGGAUCCUGCCUGCUCUUGUUUCCCUGGAUGUGUCAGGGAGGAAACAGGUUACAGAUGCAGCUGUUACAGCAUUUGUGAAGGACAGACCAGGGAUGACCUUUGUGGGACUUCUGGCCACAGAAGCUGGUUUUUCUGACUUCCUCUCAGGAGAAGGAAAUCUAAAGGUAACAGGAGAAGCCAAUGAGACCCAGAUCUGUGAGGCACUACGGCGCUACAGUGAGAGGGAAGGCUUUGUGAGGGAAGCUCUGUUUCAUCUGUUCAGUCUGACCCAUGUCAUGGAGAAACCAAGGCCUGACAUCCUUAAGUUGGUAGUUUUGGGUAUGAAGAAUCACCCUGCCACUCUGAAUGUUCAGCUGGCAGCAAGUGCCUGUGUGUUCAACCUGACAAAGCAGGACCUGGCAGCAGGGAUGCCAGUCCGACUGUUGAGUACCGUCACUCAGCUCUUACUGGAGGCCAUGAGGACUUUCCCCAACCACCAACAGCUGCAGAAGAACUGCCUGCUGUCCCUGUGCAGUGACCGCAUUUUGCAGGAGGUUCCGUUCAACAGGUUUGAAGCAGCCAAAUUAGUGAUGCAGUGGCUCUGCAACCAUGAAGACCAGAACAUGCAGAGGAUGGCUGUGGCUAUCAUUUCCAUACUGGCUGCUAAGUUGUCCACAGAACAAACGGCUCAAUUGGGAGCAGAACUGUUCAUAGUGAAGCAACUGCUCCACAUUGUGCGUCAGAAGGCUACUCAGGGCGUGGUGGAUGCCACCCUCAAAUUUACACUGAGUGCACUCUGGAACCUCACGGAUGAAUCGCCAACAACCUGCCGCCAUUUUAUUGAGAACCAGGGGCUGGACCUGUUUAUUAAAGUUCUAGAGUCCUUCCCCAAUGAGUCUUCUAUUCAGCAGAAGGUUCUUGGUCUGCUGAAUAACAUAGCGGAGGUCGGAGAGCUGCACGGAGAGCUGAUGGUGCAGGGGUUCCUGGACCACAUCAGCACUCUGCUGCACAGCCCAGAGGUGGAGGUCAGCUACUUCGCCGCAGGAAUCCUUGCACACCUGACAUCACGAGGGGAGGAGGCCUGGACGCUCAGCCCCAAUCUUCGAUCCUCGCUGUUAGAGCAACUGCAUGCUGUCAUUAUGAAGUGGCCCCCACCAGAGUGUGAAAUGGUGGCCUACAGGUCAUUUAACCCCUUCUUUCCCCUGCUGGAGUGCUUUCACACGCCUGGUGUUCAGCUGUGGGCAGCAUGGGCCAUGCAGCAUGUCUGCAGCAAGAACGCCGCUCGCUACUGCAGCAUGUUGUUGGAGGAGGGUGGCCUGCAGCAGCUGGAGCACGUUCAUACACACCCACAGACCCACAGAGACGUCAAACUGCUGGCUGAGAGUAUUCUGGACAGCCUGCAACGCCACAGAGCCCGCACCGGCCAGCCUGCACACACACACACAAGUCGCCGCCCACCACCACCACCACCACCACAAUAACCUCACCAAGAACAUAAGGCCCCCUGAUCAGGAAGAGGACAUUAGAAUGGGCCGCACCACCACUAAAGGGGAUUUUGUGUGUGUGCGUGAGUGUCUGUGGUAUGCAUAUCUCAUGUACAAACACACUUGAUCAAGGAUCCCCAGAGAGUCUACUUUAAAGGACAAAGACAACGCAAUUCUUUGCACGCACGCACGCACACACACACUCACACACUAACAUUAUUUAUUUUCUUUGUGUUUGUUUCAAGGCAGGAAUAUUUCUGUUUGCUAAUGUUGUGAUGAAAAAUUGAAUUAUGAUAAGCUGUUGGUCAGUUAAGCUCAAAUCUCAACAUGAGGUUUGUGUUUGUGCUCACUCUCGUCAGUGUGACUUUGGCAUCAUGAUGAUUCUCCUACCAAAAAAUAUGUCAGUGCACACAUACAAAUCUCAGUUUGGGAUUGAACCCUCAGAAGUUCACUCUCCAGCCCCCGUAUGUUACCGAGGCCUCUGGUUGUCUGAAUUGGUUGAUUAGCUCAUUAAAUAUACGCAUGAUGCUGCUGUGAGCUCAAGUAUGCUGGAGUUUGUCUGAAUGCUUGUAAUGUUCAUUUUAGGACUGCCUGCUUGUUUGUUUAUAGCAGUGUUUUGUUCACUGAUGCCCACGCCUCUGGGUCUACAAUACUACUGUUGCUCUCCUAUUCAUUUAGACUUUUAUCAGCUAAUGCCUUUGAUUUGAUGUGACAGGACAUUUGCUGAGGGUGUGUUCAGUGGUUCAAAUGUUGCAGACAUUACAGAUGAAAACCUAAAUUUUAGAGAAGUUAUAUCUCUUUAAGCACCAGUGCAUUUGGCAGCCCUAAAUCAGCCGUAUCAGUGGCAAAGCCAGCAGUGCUGUAAAUCAGAAAACUCAGAGUGGGAUUCAAAAUUAGUUGAAAUUAUGUCUGGUUAAGUGCAAAUGUCCUUUUCUGGACACAAAUGGCAAUAAUGAUGUGGUCAGUAUAAUCAUGAUGGAUGUACAAUUGUGUAUUGAGUCGCAGCUGUUUCCUCUUUAAGAAACUUGUGUAUAUAUUGGUAUGUUCGCUGUGCAUCCCAACACGUCCAGGUGUCUAAAAGACAGUGACAGCACUUCGCUGUGAGCAUGUGUAUGUACGUCUGUACAAGUAUCUGCAUCUUAAAGAGUGUAUGUAAUUUGUACAUAAUAGAAAAUGUGAGAGGAAUAUUAAUUGUUCAGGACUGGUUGAACUGGUUGCAUGGAAAUUAUUCUAUUGUAUGUUCCAUUGUGUGUUUUGUCUUUUUCAGUUUAUCUGAUUAAGAAAUACUUAGAGAACAAACGAGGGAGAAAUGGAGAAGAAACAGUGUUUAUCCAGGAGUGAGUAGAGGGUGCUUUCGGAAAUUCAAGGGUAUCUCUUUUCUGAAACCACUAAUGUGUCAUUAGUGUCCUCCAGGAUGCCAUGUUGUCCAGAGAAGAUACCAUGUCACCUGUAACAGCUGACCCUGAUGCCAACACUCCCCUCCUGCAGCUCUCAUUAAGGCCCCGUCACCAUUCUCUAUGCAAUCAAAAGUAACGUUACUUUUACAAACCGACCGUGACGACACUUCAGCUGGAAUAACAAUGACAGGUCCCAAGACUUGUAUAGAAAUACCUGUUUAAUAAAAAUAAAUGUAAUAUAUUGGGCUACAAAUGGUACUGGGAAAUAGCUGUUAACAAAACACACAUCUCCUCAUCUUCUGAGUGAAUUAUGGCCUUGUUUUUCUGUAAAUUCAUUGAUGAUGAGCUUGCAAAUUUUGUGCAUGUCCCAAGCUGACCUCAUUAGUUUCAACAUGGGCAAAGAGAUGACACAGAACUUGUUUUUGUUCUUUUCUGUUGCUUCUUCUGAUACGUUGGAUUGUUUAGUUGAGCCCCUGAACAUCUCCCGGGAUGAAAGCCAGUUUGUUUUUUAACAAGAAUUUAAUUCAGAUGGAAAAUGCAAAAUGUCAAGAUACUGUAUGUCUGCUAUGACUGUGCCAUGUUGCUGCUGAGAGUCACGUUUUCAAGUUUGGAAAAAUAAAGAAUGUACAUUCCCAUAAACUGGA